AACCACCCACCGCAGGAGACUGGGGGAAUGUUACACUUUCCUGGAUACACAAUCAUCAUUGUAGGGAUAUUGAUACGCACCGGACAUACAUUUAUUUGAUCUCAGCGGCAAAGAUUGGAUUAUUUUACGGACUGUAAAACCUUAUUGAAGUUUUAGUUCACAUGUUUCAGCGCUUGUUUUAUCAGAGUGGCUGAAGACUCAAGGAACCAGUAAUGGACCAGAACCUGUUUGGAGGGGCCCCCAGAUUCCUCACGCGGCCCAAAGCAUUCGCAGUGUGCGUGGGCAAGGAUGCCACUCUAAGCUGCACCAUCGUGGGCAACCCCACCCUACUGAUUACCUGGGAAAAGGAGAAGCUACGUCUGACCUCCGGGGGCCGCUUCAAGACGGUGGAUGAUGGUAAUGUCUACCGCCUCACCAUCUACGAUCUAACUCUGGAAGACAGCGGCCAGUACAUGUGCCGGGCCAAGAACAACGUCGGGGAGGCAUACGCAUGUGUAACCCUUCAUGUAGGCCUUCCACAGGAGAUGGUAGACAGGGCCCCCGUCUUCAUGGUCAAGCCUACCUCUGCACGUGUGGGCCUGGGGGGCGAUGUGGUCUUCCACUGCCGGGUUGCUGCUUACCCAGAGCCCAAAUUUGACUGGGAUAAGGACGGGCGUUACCUAGCCGAGACAAACCGCAUCAAGGUGUCCUCGGACGGCGACAGCAGCUCCCUGAGGAUCCAAAGCGUGCGCAGCCUAGACAGCGGCACGUAUACCUGCCGCGCCCAGAACUCGGUGGGCCGCUCGAACUCUGCCGCCGCCUUGGUCAUAGACACCCAGGACUCCCGUCACCUGGGCCAGGACAAGAGCACCUCCCUCCUCUCCCACAUGCAGAAGCGUAAAGAAGGGAUCUCCAUCUACCGCACGGGAGAGACCCGCAGCUCCUCUCACAACUCCACCACCACCUCGUCCACAGCCACCACUAUGGUCACAGACGGGCUGAGCGCUCUGGGUCUGGACCACGGCAGCGCAGCACUGGUCAGCCAGCUACCUAAAAGCGUCUUCACCCGCACCUGCACGGUGACUGAGGGCAAGCAUGCCAAGCUCAGCUGCUUCGUGACGGGUCACCCCAAGCCUCAUAUCAUCUGGAGGAAGGAUGGGGGGAACAUCGGCGAGGGACGAAGGCACAUCAUGUAUGAGGACCAGGCCGAGAAUUUCAUCCUCAAGAUCCUGUACUGCAAGCAGAGCGACAACGGCCUGUACACCUGUAAUGCCUCCAACAUGGCUGGACAAACCUACAGCGCUGUGCUGGUGAUUGUUAAAGAGCCCAAGGUGCCGUUCAGGAGGAAGCUGCAGGAUGUGGAGGUCCAGGAGAAGAUGACGGCCAUGCUGCUGUGUGAGGUGCCCGUUUCGGCUAGCCAGGCCAGCUGGUUCAUGGAGGAGACACGUCUGGAGGACAGCUCCAAGUACUGCAUGGAGGAGGAGGGGACCAUGCGUCGCCUCACCAUCCGUAAUGUCACCACUAAUGAUGAUGCCGUUUACAUCUGCGAGAUGAAGGAGGGGAGCCGCACUGUAGCCGAGCUCACUGUGCUGGGGAACAUCACUAAGAAGCUUCCCAGGAGGACUGUAGUGUCGGUGAGUGAUACAGUGAUCUUCUGCGUUGAGCUGGAGCACCCCUGUUCUGACGCCUACUGGACGCGCAAUGGCGAGCGCCUGAAGCCGGACACACGGAUAUCCAUUGCGAGCACCCUCAGACAGUACACGCUAACCAUCAGCCACUGCCAGGCCGACGACUCAGGAGAGGUGGCUUUUGUGGCUGGAGACUGCAAGACCUCCACACGAUUCUCAGUCGCGGCUGCCAGAAAGCACCCUCCAGAUCCCCCUAUCGACGUGGUGGUGCGUAGCAAGACCGACUCGUCCAUCACCCUCCACUGGUCCCCCCCAGACAGUGACCGCCCCGUGCCCAUCAAAGGGUACAUGGUAGAGAGGAGGAAGGUGGGUGCCCAGACCUGGCAGAGGUGCAAUGGCAUGGAGGUCAGCCCCUUUACUGAGAUCACGAUCCAGAAUAUCACAGAGGAGGCCAGCUACCAGUUCCGCAUCUCUGCAGUCAACGACUACGGCCAGAGCCAGUAUAUGGAGGUGCCUGGGACCUUCUACCUCGAGCCCUCUGCAGAGGUGAAGACAGGCCUGAUGAACAGCACAGCCAUCUCAGGCGAGGAGGCCUCCCUCUCCGUGGACCUGUCUGCAGUGUGCUCUGGCUCCUGGUCUAUCAACGGCCGCCUCCUGCGGAGUGGGGCUGACUACCUCAUCACACGCCAAACGACCACACAUACGCUGACGAUCCGAACCGUCUCGAUGGAGAUGAAAGGAGCCACGGUCAAAUUUGUGGGCGGUGGCUCCGAGAGCACUUGUAUACUCCAAGUGAAGGCUCCAGCUGUCCGGUUCACCAGUAAGUCCGCUCACACCGAGGUGGUGACCUGCAGCGCCCAGUCCUCCGCCCAGCUGACCACAGAGGUGUCCGAUUAUGAUGCUCAGGUGGUCUGGAUGAAGAAUGGACGGGAGCUGAAGGUGGGCAAGAAGUAUGAGUGCAUGAGCACCGACCGCAAGAGGAUGCUGAUGGUGCACAACGUCACCGAAGAGGACACGGGCAUCUAUGAGUGUGUCUUAAACGAAGACCGAAUGUCCCUGCAGCUUUCUCUAAAAGAUGAAGCCAAGUUCCUGAACAAGCCCAGGGGUCCCAUGGAGGUGGCGCCUGCCCUCAGCGGGGACCUGGAGUUGAACUGCGAGGUGUCGUCUGCAAGCGGGGUGGUGGUGUGGAGGAAGGAUCAGACACUGGUCACUGAGGACCAAAGAACCACCGUCGUCUCCAAAGGGACACAGAGGAGACUGGUCAUCAAGAAUGCCAAGAAGAGUGACGAGGGACACUACUCCUGCGAGACAGUCGACGACAAAGUCACAUUCCAGGUCAAGAUCAAAGAAGCCCAACAGGCAGUCUUCACCAACAAGGAGUCUGUACAGAAGGAGGUGAAAGUUACUCUCUCCCAGAAAGCCACUCUGAGCUGUGAGGUGUCCGACCCCAAGACGGAGGUGAAAUGGUACAAGAGCGGCAAGCUGCUGACUUCUACUGAGACAGUCUCCACGGAGACAAAGGGCAGGAGUCGUCUGUUGGUAGUAGACAAAAUUGAGAAGAAGGAUGCUGGAGAAUACACCUGUGAGGCUAGAGCAGAGAAGCUGGUCUUUAAAAUACAUGUUUCAGAAACCCAACAGUCUGCCUUCACCAACAAGGAGUCUGUACAGAAGGUGAAAGCUACUCUUUCCCAGAAAGCCACUCUGAGCUGUGAGGUGUCUGAUACCAAGACAGAGGUGAAAUGGUACAAGGAUGGCAAGCUGCUGACUUCCAGUAAGACAGUCCAGAUGGAAACUAAGGGCAAGACUCGUCAGCUGGUAAUAGAGAAGGUGGAGAAGAAGGAUGCUGGAGAGUAUACCUGUGAGGUUGGAGUGGAGAAACUGGUCUAUAAGAUUCAGGUGACAGAAGCCCAGGCUGUCUUCACCAACAAGGAGUCUGUACAGAAGGAGGUGAAAGUUACUCUCUCCCAGAAAGCCACUCUGAGCUGUGAGGUGUCUGAUACCAAGACAGAGGUGAAAUGGUACAAGGAUGGCAAGCUGCUGACUUCCAGUAAGACAGUCCAGAUGGAAACUAAGGGCAAGACUCGUCAGCUGGUAAUAGAGAAGGUGGAGAAGAAGGAUGCUGGAGAGUACACCUGUGAGGUUGGAGCGGAGAAACUGGUCUAUAAGAUUCAGGUGGCAGACGCACAACAGGCUGCCUUCACCAACAAGGAGUCUGUACAGAAAGAGGUGAAAGCUACUCUCUCCCAGAAAGCCACUCUGACCUGUGAGGUGUCUGAUACCAAGGCAGAGGUUAAAUGGUACAAGGAUGGCAAGCUGCUGACUUCCAGUAAGACAGUCUCCAUGGAGACAAAGGACAAGACUCGUCAGCUGGUGAUAGAGAAGGUGGAGAAGAAGGAUGCUGGAGAGUACACCUGUGAAGUGGGAACAGAAAAGCUGGCCUACAAGAUACACGUGACUGGAGAAACGCAGGCUGCCUUCACCAACAAGGAGUCUGUACAGAAGGAGGUGAAAGUUACUCUCUCCCAGAAAGCCACUCUGAGCUGUGAGGUGUCUGAUACCAAGACAGAGGUGAAAUGGUACAAGGAUGGCAAGCUUCUGACUUCCAGUAAGACAGUCCAGAUGGAAACUAAGGGCAAGACUCGUCAGCUGGUGAUAGAGAAGGUGGAGAAGAAGGAUGCUGGAGAGUACACCUGUGAAGUUGGAGCAGACAAACUGGCCUUCAAAAUUCAGAUGGCAGAAACUCAAGCGGCUUUCACCAACAAGGAGUCUGUACAGAAGGAGGUGAAAGCUACUCUCUCCCAGAAAGCCACUCUGAGAUGUGAGGUGUCUGAUACCGAGACAGAGGUGAAAUGGUACAAGGAUGGCAAGCUGCUGACUUCCAGUAAGACCGUCUCCAUGGAGACAAAGGGCAAGACUCGUCAGCUGGUGAUAGAGAAGGUGGAGAAGAAGGAUGCUGGAGAGUACACCUGUGAAGUUGGAGCAGACAAACUGGCCUUCAAAAUUCAGAUGGCAGAAACUCAAGCGGCUUUCUCCAACAAGGAGUCUGUACAGAAGGAGGUAAAAGUUACUCUCUCCCAGAAAGCCACUCUGAGCUGUGAGGUGUCCGACCAAAAGACGGAGGUGAAAUGGUACAAGGACGGCAAACGUCUGACAACCAGCAAGACAGUCCACAUGGAGACAAAGGACAAGACUCGUCAGCUAGUGUUGGACAUUGUGGAGAAGAAGGAUGCUGGCGAGUACACUUGUGAGGUUGGAGCAGAGAAAGUGGCCUUUAAGAUACAGGUGGCAGAGGUCCAGGCAGCCUUCACCAACAAGGAGUCUGUACAGAAGGAGGUGAAAGUUACUCUCUCCCAGAAAGCCACUCUGAGCUGUGAGGUGUCUGAUACCAAGACAGAGGUGAAAUGGUACAAGGAUGGCAAGCUGCUGACUUCCAGUAAGACCGUCUCCAUGGAGACAAAGGGCAAGACUCGUCAGCUGGUGAUAGAGAAGGUGGAGAAGAAGGAUGCUGGAGAGUACACCUGUGAGGUUGGAGCAGAGAAACUGGCCUUCAAGAUAGAGGUGGCAGAAUCCUCUGCCAAGUUUAAAAAAACUGCAGUGAAGAGUGCAUGCAGUGUUCAAGCAAGUGAGAAGAUUGUUUUGACCACUGAGUUGACUUCGGAGAGUGCCAGUGUUAAGUGGUUCAGGGACGGCGUGGAGUUGAAGGAGAGCUCUAAGUAUGACAUGAAGAGAGAGGGACAUUCUCGUACCCUGAUUGUGAAGUCCACUGAAGUCAAAGACAGUGGCACCUACUCUUGCCACACUGCUGACGACAAGCUUGAGUUCAAAGUUCAAGUCAAAGACUCACCGCUGAAGUUUGUGGUGCAGUUGCAGCCUGUAGCCACAGAGCUGGGUGGUACACUGACACUGACCUGUGAAAUGAACCGAGCCUUAGGGGACGUGCUCUGGCGCCACGACAGCUGUGAGGUCAAACCCGGCGGCAAGUUCUGUGUCAGCACUGAUGGUCCCAAGCGGGUCCUUACUGUGACAGGAAUGGCAAAAGAGGAUGAGGGAGAAUACAGCUGUGAAUGCAAAGAUGAUAAGACCUCUGCCAAGGUCUCCACCAAAGCACCCAGACUGGUGAAGCUGACUUCCAAGCUGAGCAACGUCGCUGCUGUGGAGGGGAAGGAGGCCAUCUUCAAGUGUAGUGUCACCCCAGCUGACGUCAACGUGAAAUGGUUCUGCAACAACGUGCCCAUCACUGCUGGGCCCAAAUAUAAGAUUGAGCAUGGGGGCACCAGCCACUCCCUCACCGUCACCUCAGUCAGUCAGGAUGAUGCUCAAGAGAUCAGUAUUGAUGCAGAGGGAAAAACCUGCAGUGCUACCCUCCAAGUGCAACUGGAGCCGGUGAUGUUCAAGAAGAAGCUGGAGAAUGUGAUGGCGGUGGAGGAACAGAAGGAGGUGAAGCUGGAGGUAGAGCUGAGUAAGCCCUCUAAAGAGGUCAGGUGGAUGAAGAACAGCGUGGUGCUACAGCCUGGAGGCAACAUGGAGAUCAGGCUGGAUGGAGCCAAGCAGACCCUGGUCUUUAAGAGUGUGACUACGGCCGACCGUGGUUACUACUCCUGUGAGACCCUGGACGACAAGACCCAGGCCAAACUCACAGUGGAUGUGAAGAAGAUUGAGGUGGUGAACGGCCUGCUGCCGGAGGUCAAGGCCCAUGAGAAGGAGACAGUGACCCUUGAGGUGGAGCUCAGCCAGGCUGACGUGGAGGGCUCCUGGACCAGGGACAGCGUCAAGCUCAAGGCAGGGUCCAACUGCCGCAUCACAGCCCUGGGAAAGAAGCACGCCCUCACACUAUCCCAAAUUAAUAUGGAGGACGCAGGGACAAUUGCCUUCCAAGCAGAGGGAGUCAAAACUUCUGCCAAACUCAUUGUUACAGAACCUGCGGCUAUGAUCUCUAAACCCAUGGAGGAUGUCAAAGCCCCAGAGAAGGAGAAGGCUACGCUUGAGUGUGAGGUGUCCAGAACUAACGCUGAGGUCAAGUGGUUCAAGGGUGACAUGGAACUGAAACCAGGAAAGAACUUUCGCAUCCACUCCCAGGGGCGCACACGCAGCCUGCUAAUCCACAAAUGUUCCCAAGAGGAUGAGGGCACAUACGUCUGCCAAACGUCUGAUGACAACACAUCAGCUAAACUCACUAUUCACGCCCGAGACAUUCGAAUAGUGAAGAGGCUUGAGGACGUGGAGGUGAUGGAGAAGGAGAGCGCUUCGUUCUUCUGUGAGAUCUCUCACGAUGAAGUGGACUGCCAGUGGUUCAAAGGCGACACCAAACUCAAAGUCGGUGACAACAUCAAGAUGAGACAAGAGGGUCAAAUCUAUGUGCUGCUGUUUAAGUCGGUGACCCCAGAAGACAUUGCUGAGAUUAAAUUCACAGCUGAAAAGGCCUCUUCAACAGCCAAACUGACAGUGAAAGAGCUCCCUGUCCAGUUUGUGAAGAAGCUCAGGGAUAAGUUAGCCUUGUAUACACACCGUGGGUUCUUGGAAUGCCAAGUGUCCCGGGCCAGCGCCAAGGUCAAGUGGUACAAGAACAAGAAGGAGAUCAAGCCCAGCAAGAAGCACGAGAUCAGCAGCGAGGGUAUAUACCGCAAACUCACCAUAAACGACGUGGGCUCGGAUGAUGAGGAUACUUACACCUGUGACGCCAUCGACGACAAGACAUCCUGUAAACUUCUUGUGGAAGAGCAGGCCAUCAGCGUCGUACGGGAGCUAAGUGCCGUGGAAGUGACCGAGCCCUUUGCCGCCUUCUUCGAGGUGGAGAUCAACAUCGACUCAGUCAAGCCCCCCAAGUGGACCCUGAAUGGUGUGGCCGUGCAGGAGAGCGCUGACGUCGAGAUGGAGAAGGAGGGCUCCAUGCACCGCCUCACCUUUAAGAAGACCAAGGCCUCCAUGACAGGACCUGUCCAGUUCAUGGCUGGCAAGAGCAAGUCUGUGGCCCAGCUUACUGUCAAAGAGCGUCCUCUUGAGGUGGUAGAGCCCAUGAAAGAUGUGAAAGUCAAGGAGAAGGGCUCAGCCACUCUGAGCUGCAAGUUCUCCGCCACACCCAAAGAGGUGAGCUGGUUCAAAGGGCAAACCCUCCUGGAUGCUUCAGACAAGUACAGCCUGAAACAGGACGCUGUGAGGGCUCAGCUGACCAUCCAGAAGCUGACUGGGGAAGACACCGGGGAGUACCGCUGUCAGUCGGCUGCUGCCGAGACCAAAGCCACUCUCACUGUAGAGGUUCGGAAAGUGGAGAUCACCAAACACCUGGUGGACACAGAGGUGGAUGAGGACAGUGAUGCAGUGUUCAUUUGUGAGAUCAACUACACUGAUGAGGAGGUGCAAUGGCUACUCAAUGAAAAAGCACUCUUCUCCAACGAGGUCAACACCAUCACACACGUGGGCAAAGUGCACACGCUCACACUCAAGAAUCUGGCCCCUGAGGAUGGGGGCACCAUCAUCUUCAAGGUCAGGGAAAUCAAGGAGGGUGUGACCCUAAAAGUCGAAGAGAAGCGUGCAGUGUUCCUCAAGUCUCUGGAUGACGUGGUGGGAGAGGUGAAAGGUAUGAUCACCCUGGCGUGUGAGGCCUCCAAGCCCAGGGUCUCCCCCGCCUGGAGGAAAGAUGGUACGCUCCUGACCACUGACUCUAAGUAUGAGGUCCUGCACACAGGCAAGUCCCUGGGUCUGAUCAUCAAGGAUGUUACCAAGGAAGACGCAGGGGAGUACAGCUGCGACCUGGGUACUGAGCUUUCCAAGUCAAAGGUCACUGUGAGAGACCUGAGCAUAGGUAUCACCAAGCAGUUGAAGUCCGUGGAGGCGAUGGAGGGAGAGACAUGUAGCUUUCAGUGUAUUCUGUCACGGGAAAGCACUGACGAGUGUUCCUGGACCUUGAAUGGCCAGACCGUGGCUAAUGGAGGACGCAUCCAGGUCUCCAGUACAGGUCGCAAGUACAUGAUGGUUAUCAAGGAUGUGACGCCAGCCGAUGCUGGUGAGGUGGUCUUCAACAUCAAGAACCUGAACUCCAAGACUACCUUAGCUGUUGAAGGCAAAGCUCAAUCUGUAUCACAGGAGCUGCAGAGCAUUAGUGUAGUCUCAGGGGAGGAUGCUGUGUUCAUCUGUGAGGUCACACAGACCAGGGCCACCGUCCAGUGGGCCAAAGAUGGGAAGGACAUCAGGAAGAGUGAGAAGUAUGAGAUCAGUAAAGAGGAGAGGGUCAUGAAGUUGACCGUCCACAGUGUCACUGUUCAGGACUCUGGGGAAUAUAGCUGUGAGGUCAUCGGAGGGGCCACUACCAAGGCCAAGCUGGAGAUCAAAGAGCCAGUCCACAAGUUUACUAAGGAGCUGAAGGACAGCGAGGUGGAGGAGGAGGGCUCAGUGACCCUGCAGUGUGAGACGGCCCAGCCUGCCUCCAAGGCCACCUGGUCCAAGGAGGGCGUGGAGCUGAAGGCCGGGGGACGCUAUGAGAUGAGUCAGAAGGAGACCGUCCUCACCCUCACUAUCAAGCAGCUGGAGGAGAAAGACAGCGGCACUUACACCUGUGACGUGGGCACUGCCACGAUGAUGGCGAAGGUGACAGUCAAAGCCUUGCCUGCCAGCUUUGAACAAAAGCUGAAGAACCAGCAGGCCAAGGAAGGGGAGAGUGUCACUCUCUGCUCUGUGUUAUCCAAACCUGGGGCCAAGGUUCAGUGGAAGAAAGGCACUGAGCAUCUCAAAGCUGGAGACAAAUAUGAGAUGAAACAAAAAGAUGCCUCCUGCGAGCUUCAGAUAAAGCAUCUGAAUGUUGAGGACAGUGGGGAGUACUCCUGUGAGUGUGGAGACCAGAGGACCACAGCGACUAUAAACGUCAAUGCGUUACCUGUGACCUUCAAACACAAGCUGGAGAGCCAGGAGGCUGAGGAGGGGGGCAGUGUUACCCUGCACUGUGAGCUCUCUAAACCUGGAGUCCCUGUGGAAUGGAGGAAGGGAACACAGGUGCUGAAGUCUGGAGAAAAGUACCAGCUGAAGCAGAAAGAAUCUGUGAGUGAACUCCUGAUCAGCAAAGCACUACCAGAGGACAGUGGAGACUACAGCUGUGUGUGUGGAGACCAGAAGACUACAGCCAGCCUCAAGAUUAAGGCCCAACCUGUUACAUUCAAACAAAAGCUAGGGAGCCAGGAGGCUGAGGAGGGGGGCAAUGUUACCCUGCACUGUGAGCUCUCUAAACCUGGUGUCCCUGUGGAAUGGAGGAAGGGAACACAGGUGCUAAAGUCUGGAGAAAAGUACCAGCUGAAGCAGAAAGAAUCUGUGAGUGAACUCCUGAUCAGCAAAGUAGUACCAGAGGACAGUGGAGACUACAGCUGUGUGUGUGGAGACCAGAAGACUACAGCCAGUCUCAAGAUUAAGGCCCAACUUGUGACCUUCAAACACAAACUGGAGAGCCAGGAGGCUGAGGAGGGGGGCAAUGUUACCCUGCACUGUGAGCUCUCUAAACCUGGAGUCCCUGUGGAAUGGAUGAAGGGAACACAGGUGCUAAAGUCUGGAGAAAAGUACCAGAUGAAGCAGAAAGAAUCUGUGAGUGAACUCCUGAUCAGCAAAGUAGUACCAGAGGACAGUGGAGACUACAGCUGUGUGUGUGGAGACCAGAAGACUACAGCCAGCCUCGAGAUUAAGGCCCAACCUGUUACAUUCAAACAAAAGCUAGGGAGCCAGGAGGCUGAGGAGGGGGGCAGUGUUACCCUGCACUGUGAGCUCUCUAAACCUGGAGUCCCUGUGGAAUGGAGGAAGGGAACACAGGUGCUGAAGUCUGGAGAAAAGUACCAGCUGAAGCAGAAAGAAUCUGUGAGUGAACUCCUGAUCAGCAAAGUAGUACCAGAGGACAGUGGAGACUACAGCUGUGUGUGUGGAGACCAGAAGACUACAGCCAGUCUCAAGAUUAAGGCCCAACUUGUGACCUUCAAACACAAACUGGAGAGCCAGGAGGCUGAGGAGGGGGGCAGUGUUACCCUGCACUGUGAGCUCUCUAAACCUGGAGUCCCUGUGGAAUGGUGGAAGGGAACACAGGUGCUGAAGUCUGGAGAAAAGUACCAGAUGAAGCAGAAAGAAUCUGUGAGUGAACUCCUGAUCAGCAAAGUACUACCAGAGGACAGUGGAGACUACAGCUGUGUGUGUGGAGACCAGAAGACUACAGCCAGCCUCGAGAUUAAGGCUCAACCUGUUACAUUCAAACAAAAGCUAGGGAGCCAGGAGGCUGAGGAGGGGGGCAGUGUUACCCUGCACUGUGAGCUCUCUAAACCUGGAGUCCCUAUGGAAUGGAUGAAGGGAACACAGGUGCUGAAGUCUGGAGAAAAGUACCAGCUGAAGCAGAAAGAAUCUGUGAGUGAACUCCUGAUCAGCAAAGUAGUACCAGAGGACAGUGGAGACUACAGCUGUGUGUGUGGAGACCAGAAGACUACAGCCAGUCUCAAGAUUAAGGCCCAACUUGUGACCUUCAAACACAAACUGGAGAGCCAGGAGGCUGAGGAGGGGGGCAAUGUUACCCUGCACUGUGAGCUCUCUAAACCUGGAGUCCCUGUGGAAUGGAGGAAGGGAACACAGGUGCUGAAGUCUGGAGAAAAGUACCAGAUGAAGCAGAAAGAAUCUGUGAGUGAACUCCUGAUCAGCAAAGUACUACCAGAGGACAGUGGAGACUACAGCUGUGUGUGUGGAGACCAGAAGACUACAGCCAGUCUCAAAAUUAAGGCUCUCCCAGUCAUAUUCAAACAAGAUCUGCAGAGUCAGGAGGCUGAAGAGGGGGGCAGUGUUACCCUGCACUGUGAGCUCUCUAAACCUGGAGUCCCCGUGGAAUGGAGGAAGGGAACACAGGUGCUGAAGUCUGGAGAAAAGUACCAGAUGAAGCAGAAAGAUUGCCGUGUGGACCUCCAAGUCUGUGAUUUGAAACCCGGAGACACAGGAAGCUACCAGUGCAGGACUGGAGACACAGAGAGCUCAGCAUGCCUGAAAGUCAAUGCUCUCCCAGUCAUUUUCACGAAAGAGCUGCAGAGCCAACAGGCUGAGGAGGGGGGCAGUGUUACCCUGCACUGUGAGCUUUCUAAACCUGGAGUCCCUGUGGAAUGGAGGAAGGGGGAGGUGGGUCUUUGCCUCUGUGCCAAGUAUAACAUCAUUCAGGAAGGGCACAGCGCUAGGCUAGUCAUCCAAAACCUAGACCCAGAAGACUCAGGCAGCUACACCUGUGACAGUGGUGACCGGAAAACCACAGCACACCUUUCUGUGAAGGCCCUGCCCGUUUACUUCCAAACUCGACUACAGAAUCUAGAGUGGGACGCAGGUGAGAUCGCCAUCCUCCGCUGUGAGAUCACCAAGCCUGGGGCCAGCGUUGUCUGGAGCCGGGGCGACAGGGUCCUGGAGUCUAACAACAAGUAUCAGCUGAAACAGGAAGGGGCCAUUGUGAAGCUUAUCAUCUAUAGCCUACAAGGGGCUGACUCUGGGGAGUAUAUCUGUGACACAGGUUACCAGAAGACCUCCUCCGUGCUCACUGUACAGGAGGUGGAGGUGACCAUAGUGAAGGUCUUGAACAGCUGUUCGGUGCACGAGGGGGAGGAUGUCCACUUUGAGUGCCAUCUGUCCCACGAUGACGCCAAGGAGGUCCAGUGGAAGCUUGCGGACGUCCCUCUGCAGAACAAUGAAAUGAACCUGAUCCGUGCCCAGGGCAAGGUGCACAGCCUCACCCUCAGGGGGGUCACGCAGGCCGACUCGGGCACAGUCACCUUCACCGUGGGUCACCAUACCUCCACCGCAAGCCUGACCGUCCGAGGGGCCCCUGUGGUGUUCAAGAAGGAGCUGGAGAGCCAGGAAGCAGUGGAGGGAGGCAGUGUUUCCCUGACCUGUGAGAUCAGUGCUGAUGGCAAGGUGACCUGGAGAAGGGGCUCCGUGCUCCUCACCCAGGGGGAGAAGUAUUCCAUGGAGCACACAGGUUCUACCUACAUCCUGAUGGUUCACAAGUUAAAGGUUGAAGAUGCUGGAGAGUACACCUGCGAUGCCGGGGAUAAGCAGAGCACAGCCACCCUGACAGUCAAAGAGUCUGUGCGCAUCACUCGGGAGCUGCACGACAUCACAGUGACCACCGGGCAGGAUGCUGUCUUUGCGUGUGAGUUGUCCCAGGAGGGCGUGACCAACGGAGAGUGGUGGCUGGGCGAUAACCUCCUCCAGAACAACGACCUGAACCAGAUGGCCUGCCAGGGCCGGGUACACCGGCUGACACUACAGAUGGUCACCCCCGAUGAAUCAGGGGACGUGGCGUUUGUGGUGGGCGAGGAGAAGACCGUUGCUUGCCUACUGGUGGAAGAGAAGCCCAAAGCCUUAAUCCUUGAGAAGCCUCACGAUACAGUGGCCUUGGAGGGCGAGACAGUCACCCUAUCCUGCACUGUCUCCGACCCCACGGCCACCGUCACCUGGAGCAGGAAUGAUGUGGCCAUCAAUGCAGGACUCAAGUACGACCUGCGGAAGAAUGGAGCUCUCCUACAGCUGCGCAUCCACAACCUGGAGAUGGAGGACUCUGGAACUUACUGCUGCGAUACCGGGGAUGCACAGUGCACCGUCACCUUGAUUGUGGAAGGUGCCCCGGCAUUCUUUCAGAAGGAGCUGAAGAACCAGGAAGCCCAGGAGGGUGAUGAUAUCACUCUGCACUGUGAGCUCUCCAAGGCGGGCACUCACGUGGAGUGGAGGAAGGGAGGCGCAGUCCUCCAGGCUGGUAAGAAGUACGAGAUGAGGCAGGAGGGCUGCGUUCAGGAGCUCCACAUUCGCAACCUGGAGCCAGAGGACAACGGCUACUACACCUGUGAUGCUGGAGACCAGCUCACCACGGCAUUAGUGGCAGUGCAAGAACCCACAGUAGAGGUGGUGAGCGAGAUGCAGGACCUCCGUGUGGCCGAGGACCAGCCGGCUGAGUUCAUCUGCCAGUACUCCCGGCCGGUCCAGGCCCAGUGGAAAAGAAACGGGCGGCCGUUGCAGCCUGACGGCAGGAGGGUGGUAGUGGAGCAGAACUGGACCAUGGCUCGCUUGUACAUUAGCCACGUGUCCACUGAGGACAGGGGGACGUACUCCUGUGAGGCAGAGGGGACCUGCGUGGUCGCCUCCCUGGAGGUGGAAGCCAAACCCAUUGAAAUCCUCCAGGGCCUGGAGAACAUGGACACCAUCGACGGCGGCGAGGCCCUGUUCGAGUGCUCGAUCUCUCGUUGCGAGAUCAAAGACAGCUGCUGGCUCAUUGACGGCAAGCCGGUGAAGGAUUCGCCAACCACUGAGAUUGUGUCCUUCGAGAGUGGCCGCCGCCACCUGCUGCUGCUAAAGGACCUGCACGUCGGGGACAACUGCAAAGUGACCUUCCAGGCGGGCACCGCAGCGACCUCCGCCAUGCUCAACGUCAAAGGCUGGCAGCUGGAUGUGGUGAGCGGUCUGGAGGAUAAGGUAGCUGUGGUGGGAGAGAAAGUAGAGUUCAGCUGCGUGCUGACCGAGCCUGUGCCUGAGGCGGAGGUAGCCUGGUACUCUAACGGAGCCGAGCUAAAGAAGGAUAAUACCUGGGCCAUGCAGGCUGACGGUUGCUUCUACCAACUGGUGCUGAGACAGGCCCCAGCCAUGCCACCACAGGAGAUCACCUUUGCUGCCAGGGACGCCAUAUCCAUGGCCAAGCUCACUGUCAUUACCUUUCCAGACCCCCCGGAGGACCCAGAGCUGGUCAGUAAGCAUAAACAGGGGGUGACCCUGUCCUGGUUCACACCUCUCAGCGAUGGAGGCAGCCCCAUUCUGGGUUACAGGGUGGAGAUGAGGCUGGUGGACAGCGCCCUCUGGCUUCCGUGCCAUGCAGAGCCUGUGUGUAACACAGAGUUCUCUGUGGAUAACCUCAUCCCAGGGAGCGGCUACAGGUUCAGGGUGGCAGCCAUCAACAGAGCUGGGACUGGAGAACCAGUCCAGCUGCCUCAGACCGUUCAGCUGGAGGCUCCGAUCACAGUGACCCAGCAGUUGGCCUGUCCAAGCUUGCAGGAGGGUAAGAUGGCCCGUGUAGAGUGCCAGCUCUCUGCUGAGGGCAGCUCGGUCACCUGGCUUAGAGACAACAAGGAGCUGGAGUUUGGGCUCAAAUACCAGGUCACCAUCGAGGGCAAGACACAAGUGCUGCUGAUCAAAGACUUUGAGUCUGCUGACCAGGGCGUGUACACCUGUGUAGCCUCAGACGAGGCAGAAAGCUCCAUUAAUCUCAAUUUACCAACAGGUGGAGAUGGGGUUAAGUUGGAGGGGGCCCAGCCCAGCCUGCCUCCUGAGGCUGCCUCCGAGGGUGAUGUCCACGCGCUGUGGGAGGCCCUGGCCAAGAAACGCCGCAUGAGCCGAGAGCCCACCCUCGACUCCAUCUCUGAGCUGCCUGAUGAGGAGGACAAGGAGCCCAAAACACCCAAGGAGCCAGUCAAGGAGAAGAAAUCCCCAGAGAAGGUGAACGAAAAGGAAAAGGAGAAGGUUGUGGAUCCUGUCAUCAUCGCAAAGAAGGAGUUGGAUACAAAUCUACACACCAGCUCUGAGGAUGAGUCCAGGGUUCCAACGCUGGUGUCCUACCUGAAGAAGAGCAGCAAGUCCUCCCUCUCUGCAUCCAACCAGACAGAGUCCAUCUCAACUGAGAAGUUCUAUGUACAGACCUCAGUGCAACAGACCUCAGUGCAACAGACCACAGUCCUACAGACCUCAUCUUCAGGACAGCAGAUCACAGCACAGACCACAGAGAUCACUGGGUGUGGAAAUGAGGAGGAUGAAGAAAAGGGUCUGCUGGAUGCUGCUGUCAAGAUCCAGGCUGCGUUCAAGGGCUACAAGUCCUGCAAGGACACGUGUCCAGUCUUCAAGGACGUCUUCAAGGACCAGACCAAGGAGCCCAAUGGCACCAUCCACCUGGAGUGUGUGGUUGAGAGAAAGCCCGACAAGGUGCGCUGGCUGAAGGACGGCGAGCCCCUUGUGGACAGCAAACACCACCACAUCGACAUCUACAACGAUGGCACCUGCUCUCUGGUAAUCACCGCCGUUACCACCAAGGACACGGGCAUCUACACAUGUGAGGUUACCAACAAGUUCGGCGUGACCAUCCACAGCGGCAAGGUGACAGUAGGCUCGGCACGGGAGGCAUCUGGAAGGAGGCCCCUGACCAUGGGCUACAGCGCCGACAGCGAGGCGGAGAGCUCGUCUGCAGAAAGCGAGAUGGACGAGUCUUUGAGACAGGCCAGCAAACGGCUGCGCCGCCUCCUCCGCACACGGCUGCCGGCCACGUCGGAGGAGGAGUCGUUCGUCAGCUGUGACGAGGAGGCUGAGCUGAAGGCCCCCGAGCCCAAAUCGUACCGUGAGGACGAGCGCUACCUCUACAUCCGCUUUGACACGCGGUCUGAGGCCCAGGUGGCAUCGCUGCACUUUCAGGAGAUGUUCACGGCCCAGGGGAUGCCUGUGGAGACCACCAUCCAGGAGGCUGGACCUCUCAAAGUGGAGCUGCGCAUCAUGAAGAUGGGAUACACCCAAGAUGGCUCUGCAACACCCACACAGGAGAAGCAGCUGCCCGCGUUCAUGACAGGAGCCCCCGCGGCCCCAGUCUUCCUGACCGAACUCCAGAGCCAGGACGUGUCUGAAGGUUACCCGGUCAGCUUUGACUGCGUGGUGAUCGGAAAGCCUACACCCAGCAUGCGUUGGUUCAAGGACGGGAAGCUCCUGGAGGAGAAUGACCACUACAUGAUCAACGAGGAACACGAGGGCUGCCACCAGCUCAUCAUCACCACCGUGCUGCCUUCUGACAUGGGCGUCUACCGCUGCAUGGCCGAGAACACCAGUGGCAUCGCUGCCACUAAGGCUGAGCUCAGGGUUGACAUGUCUUGCAGCUCAGACUACGAUACUGCAGCUGAUGCCACUGAGACAGGCUCCUACAUCAGCGCCAAGGGCUACAUGUCUAGGGAAACUGAAGCGUUUGAGUCUAUGGCAGAGGAUGAGCAGAUACCACAAGUACUGGAUGAGCUCCAUGAUGUGCACGUCAGCCCAGGCUCACCCAUCGCUAAGAUGCAGCUGAAAGUCAAAGGUUUGGCCUGUUUCCCCGCGCCCAGAGUGUACUGGUUCAAGGACGGUAUCCCACUGCGUUCCUCAGACAGGAUCCUGCUGCUGGACAAGAGAGACGUCCACAGUCUGGAGGUCCUGGAGGUGAAGAGGGAGGAUGCAGGAGAGUACUCUGCCUACAUCAGCAACGCUGCUGGAUCAGCAUACUCCUCUGCUAGGAUACUGGUUCUGGGUCCAGGAGAGCUCACGCCUGUAGAAGAGCACGAUCCCAAGGUGCCUCCGGUGCCGCCACGCUUCCUGGAGAAGUUUAGCAACAGGAAGGUGAAACAGGGAGCCAGUGUCACCCUGUCAGUCAGAGUGGAAGGUUCUCCCAUCCCCAUGGUGACGUGGCUGAAAGAGGAUUCUGCUGAGGACGUGUUGUGGAUCAAGCCAGACACUAAGGGAUAUAAGGUGGCCAGGUCUGGGCGCCAACACAGCCUCAUCCUCAUGGAUGCGGGUUCUGAGCACGCCGGCACCUACACCUGCAUAGCCACCAACAGGGCCGGCCAGUCCAUCUGCACCGCCCACUUUGAAGUAGAGGAUGCGCCACGGCCAAAGGAAGAGACCAAAAUCCCUCUGGGUAUUACUAUCAGCCCUCCAGUGGAGGAUGCUGGCAGAAGAAUGCCUUAUCUAGGUGAAGUUGGAACAGAAGAGUUUCUUAUGAAACUCACCUCUCAGAUCACAGAGAUGGUAUCUGCCAAGAUCAGCCAAGACAGCGCACAGAACCAUCAAGUGCUCCAGUGGAUUGAAGCAUGGCCCAAAGCCUCCACCUCACUACGUGUCCCGGGAGGCGAUAGCGACGAUGAGACCAAAACACCCUCCGCCUCGCCCCAUCACGGCCGCUCUCGCCCCAGCUCCAUUCUCGCAGACUCCUCCUCUGAGUCUGACGACCCUGAUGCCAGGGGAGAGAUGUUUGACAUCUAUGUGGCUACGGCUGACUACAACCCCACCAUCCCCAACAAAGAGACCAUUUCCCUGAAGGAGGGCCAGUAUGUGGAGGUUCUGGACUCGGCACAUCCACUCAAAUGGCUGGUCCGGACCAAACCAACCAAAACCACCCCAUCCCGCCAGGGCUGGGUGUCACCUGCCUACCUGGACAAGAAACUCAAGCUAUCUGCUGAUGCUGGCGAUGUCCCAGAGACAGGUGGAGAAGAGGUCUCAGAAGGAGAGUACAAAAGAAGACUACUCCAACUGAUCCAGGACAUGAUCAACAGCGAGGCAGAGUUUGUCAAAGAGAUGGACUUCUUCACCUCCCACCACGUCAAGCAGGUUGAGAGCCCUGACGCCCCAUCUGACGUCACCAGCCAGAAGGAGGCCAUCUUCAGGAACAUCCACGAGAUCAAGGCCUUCCAUAGCGAGUUCAUGUUCCCUAAGUUGCGCGAGUGCGACACUGAUGACGACGUGGCCAUGCGCUUCCUGAGGAGCGGGGAGGGCUUUGAGAAAUACCUCCAGUACCUCGUAGGCCAGCAAAAGGCAGAGGCCGCUAUCAGUGACAAGACCGUACACCACUUCUUCAAGAAGUACACAGACAAACAGCAGGCCAGUGCCGACCCUGCUGAAGGGCCUGUAUUGAGCAUUAAUGCCUACCUACAGAAACCCCUGGACAGAAUCCAGAAGUACAAGGCCUCACUCAAGGAGCUGAUCAGGAACAAGGCCCGGAACGGUCAGAACUGCUGCCUGCUGGAGGAGGCCUAUGCCAUGGUUUCAUCACUGCCUCAGCGUUCAGAGAACACACACCACGUCUCCAUGAUAGAGAACUACCCUGCCACUCUGGAUGUAUUGGGGGAGCCCAUCAGACAGGGACCCUUCAUGAUGUGGGAGGGUGCACCUGGGGUAAGGUCCUCCUCCAGAGGCCACCGUCGACACGCGUUCCUCUUCAAAAACUAUGUCGUCAUCUGCAAAUCCAAGAGAGACUCCAACACAGACACCCAGGGCUACGUCUUUAAGAACAUGAUGAAGCUGAACAACAUAGACGUGAAUGAGACAGUGGAGGGUGACGACCGGGCCUUUGAGAUUUGGCACGAGCGCGAGGACUCUGUCAGGAAGUACACGCUUCAGGCUCGCACCGUCAUCAUCAAGAACUCCUGGCUGCGAGACCUCAGGGACCUGCAGCAGCGCUAUACCAUGCCCGGCUGGAGUAUGCCUGACUUUGAUGAGCUUCUGGCUGACUGCACAGUGGAGCUGGGACAGACAGUGAAACUGGCCUGCAAGGUUACUGGAGUACCCAAACCUGUGGUCACCUGGUACAAGGAUGGGCAUGCGGUGGAGGCCGACCCUCACCACAUCAUCAUCGAGGACCCUGACGGUUCCUGCACCCUGAUCCUGGACAACAUGACAGCGGAUGACUCUGGACAGUACAUGUGCUUCGCCACUAGCACCGCAGGCAAUGCCAGCACCCUGGGGAAGAUCACUGUCCAAGUGCCUCCUCGUUUUGUGAACAAGAUGAGGAAUGCUGUCUUUACUGUUGGUGAGGAUGCUCAGUUCUCCUGCACCAUUCAGAGCGCUCCCAGCCCCAAGAUCAGGUGGUUCAAGGAGGGCAGGUUGCUGACUGACCAGGAGAAGUAUCAGACCUACAGUGAGUCCCGUAGUGGAGUACUGGUCCUAGUCAUUAAAGGCCCUACGGAGAGAGACCUGGGACAUUACGAAUGUGAGUUGUCUAAUCGACUGGGCAGUGCUAGGUGUGCAGCUGAUCUGUGCCUUCCUUCUGCUGUGACUAGGAGAGGAGAGCAGGCGAUCACCAUCGAAGUCACCGAGCAGGAGACUAAAAUACCAAAGAAAACCAUCAUCAUAGAGGAGACCAUAACCACGGUGGUGAAGAACACCCGUAUGAAGCGUCGUGGCCUGUCUCCAUCUGGGUUCAACCGCUCCCAAACCUCCACCCCAGAUCACCAGACCACCCCCACGGCCAGGCAGAGGAGGCAGGCUUCCACCAACAGGAAGACCACCAUCCCCACCCUGUAUGUCACGGAGCCCGAGGGGGCCGCAGGGGCCCGGGCUGCGGAGAACAAGUGGGUGGAGGUAGAGGAAAUUAUUGAGUACAAGGUCAACAAGUCGCCCAGGCCCUCUAGGAGAGGUAUCUCCCCAGCCGGGUCGGAGCGGGCACACACCCCCUCCUCCACCCGGCCACAGAGGUCCGCAAACCCUAACGCCAACAACUCCAACAACAACCUUGUAGAACUGCAGAACCACUCCGAGCUACAGGGGGCACAGCCUCUGUACUGGGACGAUGAGGAGGAGGAUGGUGACGUGGCUGUGGAUGGGUCCGAGGUCGCCCCUGGAAUACGUGGAGAGGCCUACGAGGUCUCCUCGCUUCUAAUUCCUAACGACCAUGAACACGAAGAGGAUGAGGCCUGGCUAGAAGAGCAGCAAGAGGCUUUCAUCACAGAACCGGAUGACGAUGACAACACACCCAGAAAGCUGGAGCCUAAAAUCCUGACCGAGGGCAGUCGCGUUCUCACUCUGGAGGACCUGGAGGACUACGUCCCCAGGGAGGGGGAGACCUUCGGCUCCUCCAACACCCGUUCAUCACCUCCCGAGAGGCCCUGCGAGAUCUCAGUGCUCCAGAGGGAGAUUGGGGGCUCUGCUGUGGGCCAGCCGGUGCUGCUCAACGUAGGGAGGCCUGUGGGGAUGCCUAGGGAGAGGCCCAGGCCAGGCUUCUUCAGCCGCUUUAGAGAUCACCUCUCAGGAAGCAUGUUCUCCCCGGCCGGCCCCCACCACAACUACAACCACCACCCCAGCGGAGGUCAGUCCAGGAGGGAGAUUCCCAUCCAGGUCAGCCACGCCAAGCUAGAGGUCAAGCCGUUGUACUGCUCUGAGGUGCAGAGAGUGGAGGGAGUGCAGCAGAGCUACAAAACUAAAGUCUACACAUCAGUGGGCAAGUCAGUCACUCUUCAGAUUAGCAAGAAUAACCCAUAUCAAAACCAAUAAUUUAGUGUGUGAAAAUAAGUAGCUGGAUUAGAAGCAAGCAGAUUGUUGUUAUUCUGUGAUGCGUACAAUAGCCAUUUUAGUCUUAAAUGGGAACCUUUCUAGUUAAGUGUUAAAAAAGCAUAUUCUAACAUUGCAUUUUACUGCAAAUGGCGAAUCAUUCCAUUUUCAAGCAACCCGGCUAAAAGUAAAAUGCAGACACAGGAAGUCAGUCGUUUGGUCAGAUAGAAAGUGGACUUUAAAGGACAAACAUCCAAAGGGGUUGGAUAUGUUUAGGCUAAAUGAGUUCCGAACACCAUUGUAUACUAUCCAGCCUUCAAUUUAUUGCUGCCUUUCUUGCCACAAAUUUGAUGUACUGAAAAAUACAAUAAUUAUGAGUUGUUGCGACAUGGACUGACACUAUUUUCAAGUUCAAAACUCCCAUCUGCUUUACAAUCAGGCGACAGAUGUUUAUAAUUUUAGCUCCUUGAUGUUAAACUUCUAUCCUGUAGGAGAACAUCUGUGUACAGCACUUUACACUAAGUGUACAAAACAUUAGGAACACCUUUCUAAUGUUGAGUUGCACCCCGUUUUGUCCUCAGAACAGCUUCAAUUUGUCGGGGCAUGGACUCUACACUGUGUCGACAGAGUUCCUCAGGGAUGCUGGCCAAAGUGCUUCCCACAGUUGUCAAAUUGGUUGGAUGUCCUUUGGCUGGUGGACCAUUGUUGACACACACUUGAAACUGUUGAGCGUGGAAUCCAGCAGCGUUGUUGACACUCAAACGUGUGCCUGGCACCUACUACCGUACCAUGUUCAAAGGCACUUAAAUCUUCUGGUCUUGCCCGUUCACCCUCUGAAUGGCGCCACAUACACAAUCCAUGUCUCAGUUGUCUCAAGGCUUAGAAAUCCUUCUUUAACAUGUCUCCUCCCCUUCAUCUACACUGAUUGACAUCUGUCUUUGUCAUGGUGUUCCUAAUGUUUUGUACACUCAGUGUAUGUCUCUCUGUUCGUUGUUUCCAGCUGAAGUUUAAUGAACAAAGAGUAUCCAACUUGACUUGUAGCAUAUCAGUUUGUACAUAGGCUAACUCCUGUGAAAGGAGAAACUGUUUGUGUUCUCAAACAGUAACUGACCAAACCAAUGACUUCAGCAACAGUAAAGAGCAGUCAGAUUUGAAAUGUUACAGAGGAGUUGUCAUUCUGGAAUCCACCCCAAAAAUAAUAACUUUGACAAGAUGAUAGAAGUAUAAGAGCAUUGAUUACUGGAGUUGCUGAAUUGUGCGACACGUCGACAAUUUUCUCUCAAUAGCAGUCCCUUGAGAAUGCAGACACAUGGAUCAUUGAAUUGUACUUCAGAUUGGGUAGUCUGUCCUCCUAUGCAGAAUAAAGUCUCAAAUGUUUUAAACAUUUCUAAAUGGUCAAUUACAUGUUGUGCAGAGUUGAUACAUUUACAUGAACUGUAUAUCACUUGUGGUUUGGGCUGUGGAAUGAUCUAAGUCUACGAUUGUGUUAAACAGGUCUCAUAAAAGUAUCAAUUUACUUCAGGUUAUAUACAUCCAAAACAUGCAGCUAUAUAGGAUAAUUAAUCUCAUCCUGGGUCAUUUGUUUUAUAGAAAGCCAACUCUUCAUUAUCAGUUUGAGAGCAAUGAAGAGUGGAUUGACUUUAGACCAUUUUUUAAAGUAUUUGUGAUUACUUUGGAGUAAAAUGUAAUUAAAAUAUGUUUAGAAAAGUGACCGCAUGAUAUGUAUUAGCUGAUUUGAGUGUUUAUCGGAUUAACACAAUGUCAUUUCAACCCUUUAUUCGGUUCAGGUGAGAGCAGUUGCAGUUAGGAGUGAGUCAUUGAUCACACUGGAUUUGUUGCAAUAUCGUGUUUUAAAUAGUGAAUUACUGUUUCCCAAAGUAAGAGUGAUGUUUUAUGUUAGAUAAAACAAAAUAUUGUAGAAGCAUUUAAAUACUUGUUUGCUGUAAGAAAUUCAACAUAAAGCACAAAUAGGGUUUGACUGCCUGCACAUGUUUAGUUAAUGAAAAUAAAUGUUGAAUAUCCCUAAAUAAAUUAAUUGCAACUGA